CAUAUUCGCAGUGAACAAACAGAAACCCUAAUGCCAGAGAAAGACAGACGAAGCCAGUGAGAGAAGAAGGUCACUUCUAGAGCAGUGAAGGAACGGGGGGUCAUACCUGAAGACUGAACUCUGGAAGUCUGGAAAUGGGAAAUCAGGAGGUCCUACUUUAAACAGAAGAAGACAUUUUGAUGCCACACCACUGAAAGACGACCGGGGAACACAGCAUUACUGAGGGUCACAAUGGAGAAACUCUCUGAAAAAGAUAAAGGUCUGAUCCGGGACAGCUGGGAGAGUCUGGGGAAGAACAAGGUGCCACAUGGAAUUGUUAUGUUCACGAGGUUAUUUGAGCUGGAUCCAGCACUACUUACUCUCUUCAGCUACAGCACAAACUGUGGGGUUGCACCUGAAUGCCUCUCCAGCCCACAGUUCCUUGAGCACGUCACCAAGGUGAUGUUAGUGAUCGAUGCAGCUGUGAGCCAUCUUGAUGACCUACAUUCAUUGGAGGACUUCUUGUCGAACCUGGGCAGGAAGCACCAGGCAGUUGGGGUGAAGACUCAGUCCUUCACUGUGGUUGGAGAGUCCCUGCUCUAUAUGCUUCAGUCCAGCCUGGGUCCGGCUUACACAACACCACUGCGCCAGGCUUGGCUCAACAUGUACAGCAUUGUGGUAUCAGCCAUGACCAGAGGCUGGGCCAAGAAUGGCGAACAUAAGUCCAACUGAGAAGGAGGUAGAUGUGAGAUUCACACUGGAACACCCUGGAGGUCACCAGAUUCUUAAACUAACUUCUCAAAAAUCCUUUCAAAGAGUGAGGGGCUGGGAUAUGGGACCACCAUUGGGAAAAUCAGUUCAGCCGAGUUGUAUUUUGGCUCACUGAACAGCCCUAACUUUGGUAGCUUGGUCUAACUGUAGACUGAGAUUGUAGAUGAGGUUGAGGUUGAGCUUAUUAAGAGUGCAGGACAUAGAUAGUUUGUGGUUGAAACUUCAAAAGCAAAAUUUGCUUUGUACAUACAGUAAUGACUAAGUACAUAUAGUAACGACUAAAUGUAUUUCCUCAAACUAUCUUAUUUGACUGUCUUGAUGUGUUGAUGUUUCAUGUGAGCGUAAAACAGAGGUUUGACUAUGCACAUUUGAGCUUGGUCAACUCGAAAAAGUUUUAUUUUGAUGCCUCUUGGAAUCAAUUUAGAUAAAGGCCUUUAAAGCCACUACAAUUUAACCCUAAAUGACACAGAAUUAAUUCUAUACUCUUGCCUGUGCUGUGUUAGUUUAAGUUUACUGUAAGUUUAGUGAUGUUCAGUAAGUUAUCUGAGCAUGAACAUUUGGCAAUAUGGUCCAAAUGAUAGUGUCAAAGACAAUAAGCAAUCAGUAGCCAUGAUUUUUUUGAUGCCAUCCAAAUGUUCAUGUGAAAUAUUUCGUUUGCCACAUUCUUCAACCAUUAACAGUAUUUCUGGCGAUGAAAGUAAAUGACGAGAACUGUUACAUCCGAAAUAGCUUUUGGAAUUUUUUAGACUGUUAAUUUAUGAACGUGUGCCAUGUCAUAAGUUUACAUUUCCAUUGUAUGGGAUUAUACUCGACGCAUUCUACUCCAAGGCUUACUUACGAAAGACUUGUGUAGAUUGUUACUUCACAUAAAGUGACUGUUAUAUCAUAGUGACUAGAUGAUUUGUUCACCUAUUUACAAUUGUAGAUAGUCAAAAAAUGUUUAUGCUAAAUGACCCAGUCCAGUGGGGGUUAGCUAUAAAUAAGAAUUUUAUUUCACAGUUUUUGUUUGCAAUUU